AUGAAUUUUAUGAAAAAAAGACCUCCGCAGCCGAUCACAAGUUUACAAUCUCUUUUCAAGAAAGCUACUGAUUCAUCAAUCCAAAACUAUGAACUUGAAAAGAAAAAUGAAAUAAAAAAAUCAUUCCAAGGUUGGAAAUAUCUUCAUACAACUAUUCUUUAUGAGUUAGACCAUUUGAGCAAGUCAUAUAGUUUAAGUGACUUGACUAGUGAAGAAAAUUUCAUCUAUACUGAGAUUAAAUAUUUAGAUGGCAAGGCCAAAGAAAAUAUGAACCGUUUAGAAGUGUUAUUGAUGAGGGAAAUUGCUGAAAUGAAUAAAUCUUAUCAAAACAGAAGUAUCGAUAGCUCAAGCCUGAGUCUGGCCAGCACCAAUAACCAAAAUGAACCAAGAGCAAUGCUAAAGACCUUACGCUCCCCAAAAUCAACAUCAAAUGUUGGUAACUCUUCCAAGUUUCAUAGCAGGAGGUACUACCAGUCGUCCUCCAAUAUUAGUCCAUCAGCGUCUUUGAUUUCGAAAACCGCUGCUACAAAGAUCUGGAAAGAUGAGGAAAAAUUGGUGCAAGCAACUGAUGAAAAAGAUACUGCUGACAAUUUAUUCAAGGAUUUUUCUGGCAUUAGUGAUCUAAAUGAAGUUGCUGUUUCUAAAAGUUCUAACCACUCUUCUGGAGAAUAUUCCUCUUUGAAGAGCAAGAUAUCGGCUCCAGUGCCAUUGAAACCCGUUAAAUGCGGUCCAAGUCCUAUUUCUGAAAGAAUUUCAAAGUUCAACAAGUUGAAUGAACCAAUACCAACACAGAGACCAUUAUCGCCAAAGAAAUUGACAUCAGAGGCAAGACCAGCUCCAAAGACAGCUCCAAAGCCAGCACCAAAACCAAAACUAAAAUCGCACCAUCUGAAGCCAAACGUAAAAUCGCCGCAACAAAACCCAGUCUUUAGACUUAAUCCAAGCGACAUUGCCUUGAAAGCUUCUAAAAUUUCUACUAAUCAAAGCCUGAAAUCACAUACUGUGAAAUCUCCCGCCUUAACUAAAUAUUCGAGUCUUCAAAAACCACCUGCAGCCAAGAAAACACAUUCUGCUCCAAAUUCUAGAGUGAAUUCUCCAAAAGUUAAUUCAAAGAAUAACCUGAAUGCUCUGAGAUCUAAUCUUCUAGCAACAGCAACAAAGAAAAGUCUUUCGGUCGACUCGAUAUCUAAGAAAGCAACGGAGACUAGUGAUUUUAAUUUUUCCAACAAUGAUGAAAAGGAUACUGAAACCUUAUCUGGUGGUAAUAAUAAGACUGAUUCUGAUGAUGAACAAAUGAAUGGAGUUAAAGAAUUGGAAAUUAAUGAAACUGAAGUUCAAGAGGUGAUGCAGGAGCGUAUCAUCUCAGAAAUCAAGGGUAUCGAUGAAGCUGCCGCCAAACAAAUUUUUAAUGAAAUUGUUGACCAAGGUGAUGAAGUUCAUUGGGAAGACAUAGCGGGUUUGGAAGUCGCUAAAAAUUCCUUGAAAGAAGCUGUAGUUUAUCCAUUUUUAAGACCUGACUUGUUUUCUGGCUUAAGAGAACCUACAAGAGGGAUGUUAUUAUUUGGACCUCCGGGUACUGGUAAGACAAUGUUGGCCAAAGCGGUGGCAACCGAAUCCAAAUCAACGUUUUUUUCUAUAAGUGCUUCAUCCUUAACGUCCAAAUAUUUAGGUGAAUCAGAAAAGUUGGUGAGGGCCUUAUUCUUGCUUGCGAAAAGAUUAUCUCCAAGCAUCAUAUUUAUUGAUGAAAUUGAUUCUUUGUUAUCUGCUAGAACUGAUAAUGAAAAUGAGUCAACUAGAAGAAUCAAGACCGAAUUCCUCAUUCAGUGGAAUGGGUUGUCUCAUGCGGCGGUGGGACAAAAUAAGGGAGAUUCUAGUCAGCCUCGUGUAUUAGUUUUGGCGGCGACUAAUCUACCUUGGAAUAUUGAUGAAGCUGCUAGAAGAAGAUUUGUUAGAAGACAGUAUAUUCCACUACCUGAAGGGGAGACCAGGAGAGCCCAAUUUGUAAAAAUGUUAUCACACCAGCAGGGUGCAUCGAGUUUCAGUGACUUGGAACUUGAUGAAUUAGUUGCAUUAACUGAUGGAUUUUCUGGUAGUGACAUUACCGCAUUAACAAAGGAUGCUGCUAUGAAUCCGUUGAGAGAGUUGGGCGAUAAAUUAUUAUUCACUCCAAAGGAAGAAAUUAGGGGCUUGACAUUGAAAGACUUCAAGGUGAGUUUACAAUAUAUCAGACCUAGUGUCAGCGAAGAAGGAUUAGCGAAAUUUGAUGAAUGGGCCUCGAAAUAUGGCUCUUCGGGAGCUUGA